AUGGCCGGGAAUAGCGCGAGUUUGACGAGCACCUGGAAGAAGCUGCUUCUGCUCGCAGUGGCCUUUACCCUGCAGGCAGUUUCUCUUGCUCCGUACUACUCCUAUGGACAGCUCUUCACCGCGCUGAAGGAGGAGAGCGGCGAGGCCUCGGGCUCCUUGGCUUUGAUCGGGUCCCUGCGGGACUUGACCAUGUGCCUGGGCAACGUCCUGGCGGGCGCCUUGCUGAGGCGCUACGGCCACGUGCGGACCCUGGAGCUGGGAGUUGUUGGCCUGGUGCUGGGCAUGCUGCUGGACAGCAUCGCCCCCAGCCCCUGGUGGCUGCUGCUGUCAUACAGCCUCAUCUCUGGACUGGCCAUAGCGCUGAUCGUAUGCCCCGCGGCCACCCUGCUCUACGGCCGAGUGGAGGGCUGGCAGCUUCCGGUAGCCGUGGGGCUGGCAUCAGCAGGAGCAGGUGCUGGCACCAUGGCCGUGAACAGUGCUAUGGAGGUCUUGUUGGAGCUGGGCUGGCGCUCCACACAGCGGAUCCUGGCCGGUGCCUACGCUGGCCUCCUCAUCCCAUGCUGUCUCGCGCUGCGCUGCCUCUUGAAGUCGGAAGGUACUCAGACCAACCAGAAGCAGCCAAAGGCCUGGGACCUGAAGGCUUCGUUUCGGCCUUUUCUGGAGCUGAAAUAUGCGCUGUUCAGCGUGUGCCUGCUGCUCUACAUUGCGACUUCCAUGAUUCCAUUUACCCAUCUGGUCUUCUACGCCCGCGAUGAGUUGCAUUAUGACAAUGCCGCGGGGCUUAUGUCUCUUACCGGCUUGGGGAGCAUGGUGGGGCGGCUGUCCUGCGGGGUUCUGGCCGUUUGGAUCCCAGCGCGCUGGAUUUUCCCUGCACUGUUUCUGCUGCAGGGCUGUGUGCUGCUGUGGUUGCCCUUCUGUGAGCCUUGGCAACUGCCCAGCUUCUCCAUGAUCUACGGGGUGUCCUCUGGGGUACGGAUCGCCCUAGUGACGCUGGUGGUGGCGGAGCUUUUUGGCGCACACCGGGUGCAGCCGCUCUUCUGCUUGCUGGGCAUCCCCAUGGGCUUCGGGCUCUUGGCUGGGCCGCCCUUAGCGGGCCUGGUCUUCGAUCUCAGCGGCAGCUACCAGGCCGCCUUUUUUGGGUCCGGCGCGGCCAUGAUCGCAUUGCUGCCCCUGCUGGGGCUCAUACUCUUCCUCCACAAAAACGCCGCGCCCGGAGGGCCCGGACCGGAAAGUGCGGAUGACCAAGGUGUGAUUGACAAACCGAAAGACUCACAGGGACCACAAGAGAAUGUCCUGAGUUGCUGA